AUGACCGACUCUGAGGUCCAGGGAUUUGUGGCUUUAGACUACGUAGUCUUUGUCUCGAUCCUACUCAUAUCCAUAGGAAUCGGCGUUUACCAGGCAUGCUGCAAACCGAAACAGGACACCAUCAAGCAAUAUAUACUGGCGGACAGGAAGUUGAACAUCCUACCAGUGGCAAUGUCGAUGACAGUCUCCUUUCAGUCAUCUAUCAUGCUGCUCGGCAACCCAGCAGAGAUGUAUGUGUAUGGUGUUCCCUUCAUGUGGCAGGCCAUUGGACUGGUACUCUCCAAUCUGUUCGCCCUGUGUUCCAUCAUUCCACUCAUCCAUCCCCUCAAAAUCACCAGUGUGUACGAGGGCUAG